AUGUGGGUCACCGUCGAGCGCAUCCUGGACGGAGCCCCCACGUCCAUCGGCGCGAUGUCGGGAGCAGUUGCAGGACUUGUGAACAUCACCCCGUGCGCCGGUUUCGUGGAGCCCCUGGGUGCCCUGGGUGUGGGCGCCAUCGGAGCCAUCGCUUGCGUGUUUGCCGCCCGCGGCCUGAAGAAGUUGAACCUGGUGGACGAUUCCCUGGACUGCUUCAGCCUCCACGGGGUCGGUGGCUUCGCAGGUGCCAUCCUGGGUGGUUUCUUCGACACGGAGGAUGGCCUGAUCUACGGAGGCGAUGGCCUGCUGCUGGCGAAGAACGUGGCCGGCGCCGCCUUUGGCGUGGUCUACUCCGCAGCCGUGACGGCGGUGAUCUUCUUCAUCAUGCGCCUGGUCAUGCGCAUGCGGGUCCACGAGGAGCAGGAGCUGGAAGGUGUGGAUUUGCACUGCCACUCUGAGGUGGCCUACGGCAAGACCGAGCACACGGGCAAGCGCUCAGCUGUGUUGACAGAGGGCCCUGCGCCGACGCUCCUGACCAGCACUGCCCCCAGCGCCGCGGAGAAGCCUGUGGAGGUCUGA